AUGUCCGUUUUCCUGGCCCAGAUGUCGCAAGCGUGGUAUAGGGAUACCAGCGGCGAAAGGAGCGCCAAAGCCGCAGCGUUACAUGAGAACACGCUUCGAGUCUUCAUCGAUCCCAACAGCUCCGAGUCCUCCCCGGCAAUAGAUGAAGGAACGAGCUCCCCCGGUUCUGAAUACGGUGGCCCACCUAGCCCCGAAGGCGAAAGACCAGAGGAUGCCGGCAAGUGUGUCCGGCAGCACUUGCAUUUACUCAAGCUGGCGGUUGAGCGUCUUGGUAAUUGGCCCAAGGACUAUGGGGAAUAUGAAAGGCUGAAUUUAGCUCUGCCCCAUGCGUUUAGUAAUGAUCUCAAGGGUGUUGAAGGGAUGGAUAGUGGAAUUUGA